AUGGUCCCAUUAAUUCGAGAGCUUUACCAGCAACUCGUUGACAAGACGAGAUCGAGCGAGGGGCGCGCAAUGGGGCGUCGCGGCGGUGGAAAGGGUGCAUACGAUAUCAUAAACGAGGACCUUUUCGACUGUCGAGUGCCCGUUCACAACGAGGUCGCCUAUCAACACGGAAUCCAUUUUGAGGCAAAGUAUGUUGGAAGCAUGGAGAUUCCUCGACCCGGCACACGAAUCGAGAUCGUCGCGGCGAUGCGGCGAGUUCGAUACGAAUUCAAAGCUCGGGGCAUCAAGAAACGUCCGGUUGACAUCACCGUGUCUGUGGAUGGGGUUAAAGUGGUGCUACAAAGGAAAAAGAAGAACAAAGACUCAUGGGAUGAGUCAAAGUUGCUCAUCAUGUUUCACCCUGUUUAUCGGAUAUUUUUCGUCUCCCACGAUUCCCAGGAUCUCCAAAUCUUCUCUUAUAUCGCAAGAGACGGAGCGUCGAAUACGUUCAAGUGCAAUGUGUUUAAAUGUUCAAAAAAGAGCCAAGCAAUGCGGGUGGUGCGCACUAUUGGACAAGCGUUUGAAGUGUGCCACAAAAAUGCACAAGAGCAACUGGCUGAGAAGCACGAGGAUGAGGCGACGAAAAGAUCUCUUCAAUCCGAGGAAGAGGCGGCUGUCGCAAUUGGUCUUGACGCAAUUGGAGAAGGAGCCGAACAAGAAGAAGACGAAGAAGAAGAGAAUCCAUUGAGGAGGAUUGUUGAAGAGAAUCGAGACUCCGAUAGUCCGAUUGAGGCGCCGAUUGGGCCAUUGUACGGGAAAAGGAUCAGUUUGUAUCAAUCUCGACGAACAUCCGACGCAUCAAGUUCAGCAGGAACAGCCAUCGAUAUCACUCAGUUGCCCGGUCCAUCCAGUCAGCUACAGCCAGGGUUAAGUCCGGUGGAAGAAGUCUCCGACAGUCAUCCUGUAAACCCUCUUCUUGUACCGCAAGCCUUAUCAUCUUUGAACCCCUCCCGUCCUCAUCAAUCCCAACCAAGCACAAGCCAAGCCACACAAUCACAUCAGCAAUUCCCACAAAUCCCUGCAUAUCCAUCAAUGUAUCCAGGCGGUUCCUCAACACUUCCCCACUCAGCAACAAUGCCGGCUCAAUGGCCACAAAUGGGGCAAUACCCAUCAGUGCCACAAGAGCUGCAGAAUGCGAACGCAGGAGCGGUACCUUUCUAUCCAUUUCAGAUGCCUUAUGGAAUGGCUCCGUCAGGUUCAUUACCUUUUGGCCUUUCAUCUCCUGUACUUGGCCAAAUGGUUUCCCCAUAUGCAACGCUGCAACUACCACAGAUACCCAUAGAUCCAAACAAUCCGGACCAAGCUGUGCACUUGAGUCGGAGUCUAGAUCAGUACAAUCAACAACUCAUUCGAGCUCAACUCGAUCAAGCUCAGCAAACGGCUCAAGUCGCUGGAUGUCAAGUACAACUAUUGAGAGAUCAAUUGACUUCAGAAACGACAGCAAGAUUAGAGGCACAGUCUCGAACUCAUCAAUUGUUGAAUGCAAAUCGGGAACUCUUAGAACAAGUUCAAACUUUGGUCCAACGAUUGCAACAUUUAGAGACAAAGAUCACGCAAGAGAUUCAACAAAGCACAGUGCCGGCCCCUGUUGCUGCCUCGACACUACCGAGAACCUCAGCGCCACCAAUUGGUCAAUACGCUGCCGGAAACUUUGAGCCAAGGCCAUCGGGAACACAGAUUCCGCAAACGUAUAAGCCUCAAAUUUCCACUGAAGUUCGAGCUGGAUCAUUACCACCACAAAGGGCUGAAAUAAAGCGAAGACCACUUGAUGAGCCAAGAGAUAUUCGAACAGAGCCUGAGAGUAACAAUGAGGACACCACGGAUUACUCGUCUAGUGAUUAUGAAAAGGUAACUCAACAACGAGCCGGUCCUUUCAUGAACGUUUUGAUGAGCAAUCCAAUGGCUUCUUAUCUCCCUUCUCAACAUCUCGUUAUGACUCAAGCGGGAAACCAAGCCGCUUUGAGAACAAUUAUAGAUCGAUUGAACUCUUCUAAUGAACACGGAGGCUUUGUAGAGGUGGCUGAUGAUGGACAACAGCCGGGUCCUUCAUCGACUCCGCCGACAAAGAAGAAAACAGCCGGUGUCUUUGGGCAUAAAGAAUUCUCAAGGAUGAGCUUCAAUCCAAAAUUCCCGAAACAGAAAGAUAAUCCGGAUGAGAUGUUAGAAGAAGAGGAAGAAAAGGAGCGAUCACCCGAAUUUAGAGAUCGAUUUAGAGAUCGGCCAGGGAGUGAGAAGAAGAGAAAGGACAAAAUCACGGUGGAGAGUUUAUUUAAAAAUUCUCCGGAGCAGAGUCCGUUGAGAGAUGUUCAACGGAGAGACACAACGGCUUCGGGAACAGGAACUCUAAGCAUACCAAAAUCGUACGAGCCGGUGUUAGCUAGUGACAAUUUGGUAACAGCUAUGUAUCCACCGAUUCGAAAACCUAUUGCUGUAAAUGUUGCUAGACCUAAAUUCGAAGUGGUGAAGAAGAAACAGUUGCGAUCGUUGUCUAUAGAGAUGCCUGAAGAAGAAGCCACAGAGAUGAGCAAUCGAUUCAGGAUUCCACAAGGAAGUCCACCAAAUAACAGGAGGAAAGCUGUCGAGAGCUUGUUUACGACAGAGGAUUUGAUAAAUCGAAACGUGCUCUCAAAAGCGUCGGAUCUCCAUCGAUCUCCAGAUAAUCGAGCUAAUCAUCGAGAUUUUGCCUCUUCUCGUGUCCCAAAUGGACAACCGCCACAAUUU